AUGGACAACAGCAGUUCAGCACUCCUCAUUCCCCCUUCCCAACGACUCAAUGGCGCAGACAUCUACAACUGCAGUUACAAGAAACAGUUCCCCACCUCUCAUCGCCUUGCCAGCGACUUCGAGAAAAAUGAGGCUACUUUGGUAGCAGAGGGAGCCGCGCAGUCCACUCGUCUCUUCCGUAAUAAUAUGAGGAUGUUACAAAGGCGAAAUAUACGCAAUAGCAAAGUCCUCCCCACCACCGCAGUCACGACUGUCGCUACCGCAGUAAUGAAAUCUGAAACUCCACGGUAUGCGCUUAUGAAAGUUUAUGAAGAAGAGGAGGAAGAGGUGGUGGAGAUGAAAAAGGAAGAUGAGAGUGAAGACUUGAUGGAACCUUCAGCCACGAACAAUCGGUUGUCCCAUGAGGCGUUCCUUCAGGUGAGGUCUACCUACCUGAUAUGGCAUAACUCUAAGGUAGCCAAGAAAACCUUCACCUUAGAAACAGCCAAGUCUAAAAAAUCGCGAUCAAGGGAGCAGUUAGCUCCUCCAGAAACUCUCCUAUCUCAAACCUCCACCACUCACACCGUGUCUGAGCUAAAAGGCGCCCUCUCCACCGCUCUUGCUCGAAAUGCGCGUCUACUGGAGCAGCGUCGCACACAAACCACUCAGUACCUCCAACUUCAGCGUCAAGCCGACUCUCUUAGCGCGGAACUGGAUGCCUCUGUAGACAAUCUUCGCCACCAGCGUUCUCGUUGGGAGGCGGAGAAGCUUAGAUCCUCUCUAGAAGCUCGGGAACUUCGUCAACAACUUGCAGAAGCUCUUGCAGCUCUCCAAACUACUUCACAUUGCCCGCCCAACAGUUCCACUCCUGUUCAUCAAGUUAAGGGAGGGCAAAGUGAAGGUUGUACUCUAUGCGAGCAGCGAAAUUUAGAGGUGUCCGCGCUGCGAAUCGCGGUGGAACGGCUAGAGGGGGAGAUGGCACGUCAGCGGCGCGGAGCGGAGCAAGAAGCAGCUCAGUGGGCAGUGCAAUUAGCGGACGCAGCAGCGGAGAAUCGGUCACUUCGACUCCAGCUCUCUCGCUCCGGCAACACCUUCUUUUUGAAUUCUGCCUCCUUUACCGGUGAAAGCGAGGUGGAAGAUAGUUGUAUCAACUGUCGGCGAUUACAACAGUUGGUAGAUGUGUUGCAGGCAAAGGGGGGCGCUGGUGGGGUGAUGCCCCAGCCCGAUGUUAUCCCCGUUUCUUGUGAAGAGCGUGUCGGAGUGUGCGAGGGUGCAACGCAGACGGAAUCCAUAGAUGCAAAUUAUCCUUUCAAAAACGAAGAGAAAGAUACCAGCCUCUUCGAGCUCCUUGAAUCGGGUGGUCGAAUCAAUGGCUUGACUGCAGCUUACCCCAAAAAACAACUGGGGGACACCUUGGGACCUCAACAAGGGUGUAAAUCACCUUCGCCACCACCUCCACCUACUCCCUCUCACUCCGGUGACGCUUCUUUAGACGUCUCUCGCCUUUUGGAGCGUCUACAUGUGCUAGAAGCCGAGGUUGAGUCCUCCGCAGAUCAAUUGAAAGCAAGUAAUGACGAGUUCCUCCAAUUAAGGGAACGUCUAACUAGUGCUACUGUGGAGAAGGCGCAUCUCAAAGCCACUCUUGAUGGACUAGAUGAUCAGGUGAUUCAACUGGAGGCGGCGCUGUUCGAGAGGACGGAGGAGCUACGAAAAUGUCAGGCUGAGCUAUCUCACUAUCAGAACCCCCAAUCGUGUGUCCUAAGGCUGCAGGAUGACUUUGAAGCGUUGGCUAGGAGUCCCCCACGGACCGUGCUGCGUCAGACCUCUUCCCAGUUCAAGAAAGUUGUACUAUCUUACGUGGCUAUGGCUGCAAUCUACCUCAAUAGACCGCUAGUUGCCAAAAUGCGUGAGUGUACAAACGAGUGUGUGAAAUAA